CAGACUCAUUGGUUGUGCAACCAACAUGAUCAUGCUCUUGCUCUUUGCCAACAGUUAAUUGGUGACAUUUAAGUAUUAAUCAGCUGGAUUCUUGAUUUCUUGGUUACUACAUCUCCAUGCCAGGGGAUUUAUAAAAAAGAACCAUUAGAGGAUUGUGUGGAGCAUUCACAUUGCAGGUGGUUAGAUCAGACCCUUCACUGGAGGUUUACGCAAGAUCGGGCAGCCGAUGAGAUGAGAUUGGGCGGCAGAGCAGGCGCCGGAGCCUCCGCCGGAAAGCCCAGAACAGUGAAACUGGUGUUUAUAUGUUUGGGGUUGUUGGGGGCUGCUCUCGUAGCAGAUCUGCUUUGGGCUUCCUCUUCCUCUUACUGGGCUCCUCAGGGUUCCAUUGAUUUCGUCUUCCCAAAUCAGACCCACCACCUCUCCAAGGGCUCAACCGAGAAGGGUAAAAAAGAUGUUACUAAAGAGAGGAAACUAUCUGCUACUUUUGCAGAUUUGCCUGCCCCCGAGCUGAAGUGGGAGAAGAUGGCUUCUGCACCCGUGCCUCGUCUUGAUGGUGCUGCCAUACAGAUCAAGAACCUUCUCUAUGUCUUUGCUGGAUAUGGUACCAUUGAUUUUGUCCAUUCUCAUGUUGAUAUAUAUAACUUCACGGAUAACACGUGGGGAGGGAGGUUUGACAUGCCCCAAGAAAUGGCCCAUUCACAUUUAGGGAUGGUAACAGAUGGGAGAUAUAUUUAUAUUGUCAACGGACAAUAUGGUCCCCAGUGUAGAGGGCCUACAACACACACAUUUGUUCUGGACACUGAGACGAGGCAAUGGCAAAACAUGCCUCCUCUGCCUGUCCCGAGGUAUGCACCUGCAACAACACUUUGGAGAGGUAGGCUUCAUGUCAUGGGUGGGAGCAAAGAGAAUAGAUAUACUCCCGGAUUAGAUCAUUGGAGUAUUGCAGUUAAAGACGGAAAAGUAUUAGAAACGGAGUGGCGCCCUGAGAUACCCAUUCCUCGUGGUGGGCCUCAUAGGGCCUGUGUUGUGUUUGAUGAUCAACUUUAUGUCAUUGGUGGUCAAGAAGGUGACUUCAUGGCCAAACCGGGAUCACCUAUUUUCAAAUGCUCACGCCGAAAUGAGGUUGUGUAUGGUGAUGUAUACAUGCUAGAUGACGAUAUGAAGUGGAAAAUGUUGCCUCCAAUGCCUAAGCCAGAUUCUCAUAUUGAGUUUGCUUGGACAAUAGUUAACAGAUCGAUUUUUAUCGUUGGAGGAACCACUGAGAAGCACCCUGAAACCAAAAAGAUGACACUCGUCGGAGAAAUUUUCAAGUUUCAAUUUGACUUACAGAAAUGGGAAGUGGUCGGGAAACUACCUUACCGCGUGAAAACCACCCUAGUUGGAUUCUGGGAUGGAUGGUUAUACUAUACUUCAGGACAACGAGACAGAGGUACAGAAGAUCCCGCGCCAAAAAAAGUUAUUGGAGAAAUGUGGCGAACUAAGUUAAAGUUAUGAGCUUUUUUCUUACACACAUAUACAUAUUAACAAUAUGAAGAAGGAAUGGGAUGCGAUUUUGUGAGCUUUUGUAUUAUUGGCAUUUUGCCCCAUAUUGUAGAGCUGUUAUCUUGACGUCAUUGUGUCAAUUGAGUUGGAUUAGAAGAAUUAUAUUUCUUCCGUCCUAAUUUAAAUGGUCUAUUUUGGUUUACGAUGUUUAGUUGAAGUUAUUUUCAAUACAAUUUAUUUGAGAAUUGAAGCAAAAUUGAAAAAAUAAAUUUACAUAUUAAAAUAUUACAUCAGAAAUUUUACAAAACAAGAGGUGACAAGACUAUAUUAUUUUAUCAAAUGAGUAAUGAAAAUAGAGAAAGAAAGCGAAUGUCAUUUG